CAGCAUAGCAGCAGAAUGUUGCAGUACAUACGGGACUGAUUGACGUCAUCACUGAUAAGAAUAAAUCACGUGAUGUACACGCGGCCCCGGAUUCGGCGUGGAUCCCGUGCUAAAUGAGCUCAGCUCCCGUGCCCUUCUGUGCUCUGGAGAUACCCGAGAUACAUGACACAUCUGUAGGACAGAAUCUCUCCGUGUUCUCUACGUGUUGACCGCCCUUUCUCCUGCCAUCUGCUCCCUUCUAGCACGGCUUCCCUUUGGCCACGUUGGCACUUCAUUGAACUCUGGUCGUGGUCGCACAUUCCAAUCUAUGGUUACGAAGCAACAAUUGUACAACACUACGCGAAGCUUUCGAGUACUAUCCUAAUAGCUUCGGGAAGGGCAGGCAAUAGCGAGGCAGUAGGUCUCUUAGCAGCACUCGAACUGGUUUGAUGGCUAUUGCUUGGAUAGUGUCGUGAUUCAUGAACGUUGAACCCCUACCUACAAGCCAUAUACUUGAGAGACUCUGCGUUAGAUAACACAAUACAAUGGACCCAAAGUGGAACAUUUUUCGCAUAUUAGGCGAUCUCGCCCAUAUCUCUUCAAAAUGCAUCCUGCUGUGGGCCAUCCAUCGCAACAAGAGCGCGGAAGGUGUUUCGCUUCUUACCCAGGUUCUAUAUAUGAUGGUCUUUCUCAGUCGUUAUCUUGAAUUAUUCAUAGGGAGGGGAUGGGGGACCUUUUAUCUCGUGUUUUUCAAGCUCUUUUACAUCUUCUCUUCGGCAUAUAUCAUCUUCUUGAUGAUGAAGGUAUUUCCCCGGACACGGGAAAGGGAGAGGGCAUGGAAACUGGCUUUGGGCUCUGCUGCGGCGUCUUUAGUGUUAGCACCCAUCUUGACGCUAAUAUUCAGACAUCCUUGGCCACAGAGAUGGUUCACGGAGAUUUGGUGGACAUUUUCGAUCGUCCUGGAAUCCGUUUGCGUGCUACCCCAACUACUGCUCCUACGCCAGACCACCGUCCCCACCGUCAUCGACUCCUAUUAUCUCCUUACACUAGGUUCCUACCGGGGGUUCUACAUUCUGAAUUGGCUGUAUAGGGGAUUUGUCUCUCAUUACUGGGACCCCAUUUCAGAUAUUUUUGGCAUCGUCCAGACCGCAUUCUAUAUUGACUUCGCUUGGGUCUACUACACGCGACAGCGUGUGAAACUCCGCAAUGGCGGUGUUGUAGACUCUGAGGAUUUCCGGAACAGCUGGCUGGUCAACAAAGUGUUGAGUUUCAGGCAGCGAAGGAGCGUCGAUGAAGAACAACACCUCCAUGAUGAAGGAACAGAAGCCGGACAUGGGGCUGAUGGUGAACGGCCGAGAAACAAUCGCUGGGGAGCUCGAGGGAUCAGUAUCUCAGCAGAUGACACACUAAACGAGAGUCGCCACCCCAAGCCCAGCAGCGCAGGUGACGACCGACUGGAGGGAUUUCUGGAGGAUGAAGAGGACACUUGGGAAGAGCACGCAAACCAGCAAACACAGCACAAGCAUUCUCCUGAUGUGACGGACAAUCAGAAGUGAUCUAUUGAUGGACGACGGAGGUAGGAAUUUUACUUAUAGAAGGCUUUUUGCUGCAGGUUUGACAUGUUUGUUGUAUCUUUAUUUCUGGGUUUAUUUUGGGGCUUGUGUCAUCAUGAUUCUGACUUUUACAAUCAAGUAAAACCACAUUGAGUUUUUGAAGCAGUAGCGAUCGACUAAUAUUCGAUGUGAGACUGAAAUUGGAAUGAUGGAUACUAUUUUUGGAAUUAAAUCAGCCCUGUCAGGGCCUUAGGGACCCUGAUUUGAUAUAAUUAUAAAUGAUAAUCUGCAUGGGCCAGGCAGGGGAAAGAGGGGAGGGGCGGAGUUGACGAGAGGGGGAAAUAACUGGAGAAAUGAAAUAAAAAAAAAUAGUAA